AUGGCGCCAUCCACUGCCACCCCUACCGACUUGCAUCGGGCACCCAUUGCCUGUCUGCCCUGCCGCAAAGCAAAAGUCCGCUGUCUGCUUUCACAACGACGCGACCGAUGCGAUCGAUGUAUCGCUAACGAUGCCGACUGUCUAUUUACGCAGACAAAGAGGACCAAAGUGCGCUCGCAGCCGUACCCUCAGCGCGCCAGGCGCAGCGCCCACGACCGACGAUCGGUCGGAGAAAGCUCUACUGAGACCCUGACGACGCCGUCACGACGAGUCUGGAAUGAUACCCAUCGGCCGGCGACCAGCCCAAGAGCCAGUCCGGUCACUGGGAUUCCGCGGUCGCAGCCCAACCAGCCAACUAUAACCAAUGAAGUGCGCGCAAGGAUCAUCGCGGCGUUGGCCACUCUCAAGGGCAAAAAGGGAGCGCCGUUUAGCUUCGUGACAUCGGGAGACAGUCCCUCGUUUGGUGCGAGCCAGGGCUCCCAAUCGGCGGAACAGCCCCAGGCGACUCCCGUCUCACUGAAGCUGUCCUGGCUCCUGCGUCCUUUGUACACGGGUGCUCUUCGCGAAGACGGUGAGGACCGGCGACUUCCGGGGUGGGUGAAGAUGCCCACCUAUCUCUCAUCCAUGACGUUGGGUCAAACCAUCACGGAUCCGGUGGAAGGGGGCAUGGUGAACUCCCAGGCGUCCAGGACUCUGUUCGAUCACUUCAUGGUGCAGAUGAACGCCAAGUGGGAAUACAUUCUCGACCCUCAUGUCGACAGUCACGAUAACGUCCAGCGACGGAGCUCCUUGCUGUUUACUUCCAUCCUGUUCUGCUCCUCCAAGUUCGCCAACUACGUAGACGGACAUCUGGUCGCGGGGACAGACCCUUACUUGCAGGGUCGGCUUUGUAGCUUGGCCCGCAACCUCGUCAUCCGGAACCUGGCGCAGGGUGACAGAUCUAUCGAGACGAUGCAAGCGCUUUACUUGCUGGUCUGCUGGAAGGAUCCCGACGAUGACGUCUCCUACCUCCACAGUGGCUAUGCGUUCGGCGUUCUCCGCGACGUGGACUUGGAAUCGGGCGACGGCGACGCACGGCAGGUCGCGAGACGAAGGAGGACAUGGCUGGCGUUGUUCCGCCAAGACAGACAACAGAGCCUGUUCUUUGUGCGAAGGGCUCCACUCAGCCACGGAGACGAAGCGGUUUCUUUCCUCGCAGACCCUGAAACCUGGUUGAAGAUGCCGUACGCUCUGCCCUGUGACUUUCUAGCCUGUUGUAGUGCAGACUCGAGGCGCAUCCAGUCCCGUCUGCGGACGUUAGUUCAGAAGGCCUCGCCUGCCAUGCUUCCAUGUCUCUUAGAUCUUAUGGAUGCGGAACUGAGCACAUGGCGAUCAAAGUGGAAGAACCACCUCCAGCGAAGGGACGGAUGGCACGGGGACAAUGCGCGACCCAUGGACCUCCAACUGGGACAUCCGGGAGCAGACCAUGUCGCCACGCUGGUCGAUCUGUGGGAGCACAGUAUCCGGCUCAACGUCGCCUCUGCCAUCCUUCGACAGGCCCUCCUGGCCUCGGUGACCUCGUCCCUGCACACCAGCCACCGCCAACCGGCCACAAGCGCAGUGGACCUUGAUCUGUCGACGAUCCAACAAGGGCUGUCCCCAAAUCUCCCCGGUCUCUCCAGCAGCGUCACCGGCGCCUUCGAGACUCUACGCAACCUGAUCAACUUUCCUCCCGACGACCUCCGCCGAGCUCCCGAUGCCGUACUCCUCCUGGCGCCCAACGCAGCCCUCUUCCUCUGUCUGCUCCUGUGCCUCCCCCCAACCGGCAUCCUCGGCCCAGCCUUCCAAAAAACGGCAGUCAGCCUCAUCCGAGACACAGCCCAACAUAUCCAGCAAUGCGUGCGAUGCCCGCAGGAUACCGUCACCUUACACGCCGCAUACCUGGACUCCCUCGUGGAGCUCCUCGACCCAUCCGCCGCACAGCACGCCGCGGAGCAGCAAGAUCCCAGACUACAGCCUACAUGCGACCCAUCACAGCUGCAGCAUGUCGACGACUCGACCUUGCAAGCUGCCCAGGUUCUAGCUGAUGGCAUUGGCGGCCACGACUAUAGCGUGCCUCAAACUGACCCGUUGCUCCGGUUUUCGGCCGAUCCCAGCCAGACGCUGCAUAUGCAGGGCCUGGCGAACUUGCUAGACGGAGAUCUCUUCUGGGAUUUGCUCCCUGGGGCAGAAGACGCACCGAUUGGUCUGUAGUCUACGUAAUUGGCGCUGCGAUAUUUUCUUGCGGUGCCUUCUUACGCUAAUCUC